AUGAAACUUACAACAACUCUCGCUUCAGAGUGGAACAAAAAUCCUAUUGAAAAGAUCACUGAGAUUAAUGCUAGUGGCAAAGGAAUCACUCAGAUCGGGGAUCUUUCCAGCUGCAAAUCUUUACGCAAACUUAAUCUUGCCAAAAAUUCUCUUUCGAAUGAAGAAUCUGUCGAAGGACUCAAGAAUCUUAAAAAUAUCACUUGGUUAAGUGUAGCAAACAAUGAACUAAGUGAUUUGAGCGGAUUUCAACAUUUAAAGAGCUUAUUUGUAUUGAAUGCCAGCCAUAAUAAGCUGGUUGGAAUCAGUCCUCAUAUUAAGAAGCUCGAAGAACUCAAGGCACUUAUUCUUAAUCACAAUGAGAUCAAGAUUGUAGAAAACCUUGAAGGAUUGAAGAACCUGAACACAAUUGGUAGAUUAAAAAAGAAAACAGAUUUUUUGUCCCACAACCAGAUCAAAACGAUCCCAACUCUUUCUGAUUUGACUGAGCUCACAAAGCUCUCUGCUGCUCACAACCAUCUUACUCAAGUUCCUGACCUAUCCACUCAGACAGCAAUUAAAGAAAUUAGAUUAAACGACAAUGAAAUCACUACCUUGCCUGACACCUUGCGUAAAUGUACAUCACUGGAGAUUGUAGAUUUUGGAAACAACAAGCUGUCGAAAUGGAGUGAUAUUGCCGCUUUGGGUUCUUUACUUGCAUUACACAAUCUAAACUUAAAGGGUAAUCCGAUUUCGGAGAAGAUUGAUUAUAGACAAAAGAUCAUCGAGCUAUUGCCAUCUUUGCGCAUUCUCGAUGGAGAAAGAUUCGAUUUCAAAUUCCUGGAAAGAAAAAACAAACAAGAGAAGAACUUCAAAUUGAUGGAAAAGAAGGAAAGGCUGAAGAGAGAGAAAAAGACAAAGGAAGAGGAAGAAAAUAGAGCUGAUGGCGAAGAAGCACAACCACCAGUUAAGAAGAUGCGCCACAAAAAGCUUCGCUCUCUCGAGGCAGCAGCUGAAAAGGAACAGGAACAGGAAGCAGAAGAUAACGGUACACUUACACCACUGAAGCGAAAGAAACGGGAUACCGCAGAUGAGACAGAAAAGAGACCUAAGAAAAAGAUAUCCAGCUCUUCUACCGAAGAAUCCGGCGACAAGACUACAAAGAAGCCAAAGAGAAAGGCUCUUGCUCUUGCCGCCUCUUCUGCGGAUUCUACCGAAGGACCUGAUGAAAAGGUUACAAAGAAACCAAAGAGAAAGGCUCUUGCUCUUGCCGCCUCUUCUGCGGAUUCUACCGAAGGAUCUGAUGACAAGGUUACGAAGAAGCCAAAGAGAAAGGCCCUCGCUCUUGCCGCUUCUUCUGCAGGUUCUACAGAAGAAUCUGGAGAUUUAGAGGCAAAGAAGCCAAAGAAAAAGGCGGCAGCAGAAGCUGUAAAAGUAAAGGCAAACCCCACCGAACCGAAAAAGAAGAAGGCACAGGGAUUCUUCGAGGCUGAGGAAAUAAAACCGGUAUCAAAGAAGGUUAUACGUGCUGAAAAGGUAUCUGAAACAAUUGAAAAAGCAACAUCUAUCACACCGCCUGUGUCUUUGCCUGUCACACCUGCUACUGCCGCUCGGACCGGUGUAGUCUCUAUUGUAGAUAAAAGCAAGAAGAAGAAGGAGGUAAAGAAGGCUGGUGUUGACAUUGUUGCAAUGCUGGAAGCUGGAGACAGCAAGAAUGAUACUGAAGAAGGAACUGGAUUGGGUGUUGGUGGAUGGGACUAG